GGGCUGACCGUUAUUUCUCAGAGUUCUCCAGCUAAACUGCCUUAUGUGAAGCAAACCACAUAAGAGUGCCUGCUGCUGCCUUUGAUGCUCUCCAGAGGGCAUUCUAGGAUGUGACCAGAGAAGAAACUCAGCCACCAAUGUACAAGUUUCAUACCAGAAGAGUAAAAGUUGCUGCAGGGAAGAUUUGGACUUCAAAUCUCUCCAAGAUCAGGCAAUCUGUUAAAAAUGUGUAUGAAAAAUGUAGGUUCAAGCACCCAGAUUUUCCUGGAUAUCCAACAGUGACUGCCUAUGAUUGCGAUCAGGAGGAUGUCUGUUCUGGUGAAGACUUGAGUCUUACGGUGAUGUUCCAGGAUGUUAAAACUGCCCAAAUUGAACUUCACAACCAAAUGACUGAUGUAGUCAAAGCAAUAUCAAAAAUCCAGGGAAUGUCUGAUGAUUCUAAGAAGCAGAUAGAGCAACUGGAAUUCGGCCUGCGUGUUAACGAAGACAAACAAUGUGCAACAACUGAUGUUAUCCUAGCUAUGAAGGAGAACAUUGACACUUUAACUAGAAAGGUAACAGAACUGGAAAAACAGAAUUCCUGCUAUCAUGUAUGCUCUUUGGGGGAUCUGGAGGGAGAAAAGGAGAAAGAGACCAUAGAAUUGCUUCACAAGUUCAUACAGAAAAAAACCCUGAACACACUGGCCUCCACUGGCCGUGUCAGCUCUUCAGUGCAGAAAGUGCCGCCCAGUUAUCCAGAACCCGUUGACCAUUUUGAAAAAAAGACAGUCUCUCCCAAAAUGAAACCUCUGAGGAAAAAGAAGUGCCCAAAUUCAUCAAGAAAUGUAAAAGGGAUGAAGCCAGACAUUUAUAUUUACCCAGACCUUACUACAUGGGUCAAGCUGACUUUUGUUCAUGGCGGAAAGUGGGGAUUUUUUCUCAGCCCUACCAAGUUGGAGACAUUCCUCCAGUGGCUCCUUCCCCGGACAGCCACCAUUCUUGAGGAAUCACAGCUCACACCCAAAGGGGAGUGUCUGUUGGCCAGACCGAUUGCAAGCUUCACAGCAAUCUGUAUGUCUGUCGUCAACUGCAUUUACUGCCUUUUCAGUUCCCCAAAAGAGGAAGUAACUCGGUUGUAGAGUUGCCUUCUGUUUCGCGUGGUACAGAAUAAACGUGAUCUGGUUGCUGCAGGCAUUCACUCA